UAAACAACUCACCAAAAGAAGUACUGUGUCAGUUGUGCUCUGUGAUUAGUUUAGGUUAGGGUUACGUUGCGACGACCGUAGAAAAGUGCUUAAUGAUUGUGCGGGAGCUGCGGACUUGGUAAUGGUUAGGAUUAUGUUGCGGGCGUCGCUAGCAUAGAUAUUGACGUUACUGCGGAAUUUCUAAUCCACAAGUUGCCAAAAUGGGCGAGAAGGUUCGGAAUUUCGCAAGCGGAAACACGCAGAAAAAUACGAUCGUCGUUUUCGGUUUGGUGGUGCACGUCGUUCUGCUUUUUGCCGUGGUCGACAUUUAUUUCUCGAGCCCGUUAGACCACGGAAUGAGUUUGAUAAAGUCGACCGACAAUCCUCCGGCUAAACGUUUGGUGCUUUUCGUCGCGGAUGGUCUGAGGAUGGAAGCGGUUUUCGGCAAGAAUUCGGACAGGAUACCGUUUUUAACGAGCGUGAUGGAGAACGGCGGUUCGUGGGGUACCGCCCAUACGAGGGUGCCCACAGAAUCACGGCCCGGACACGUGGCUAUGCUCGCAGGCAUCUACGAGGACCCCAGCGCGAUCCUCAAGGGCUGGAAAUCGAACCCCGUCGAUUUCGAUUCCAUCAUCAAUCAGAGCACGAACGCGUGGUGCUGGGGCAGCCCCGACAUCUUGAACAUAUUCAACAGGGAUCGGUCGGCCCACAUUCGCGUCUUCACUUACAGCGCCGAGCUCGAAGACUUCGGCGCGAACGACACGAGCUCCUUGGAUGGCUGGGUGUUCCGCAAGUUCCGAUCCUUCCUCAAGAAUGAAGUAGGGGCUUGCGCGGAAAACUGCCAUCUUUACGCGCGCCAGGGCAAUUUCUAUUUCUUGCACUUGCUCGGCAUAGACACUGCCGGUCACGGAUUUAAACCCCAUUCGUCCGAAUACGAGGCCAAUAUCAGAUUCGUGGACGGCAACGUUGAAAACGUAGUCCGCCAUUUUGAAUCGGUGUUUGGAGACCGUUCGACCGCGUACGUGUUCAGCUCCGACCACGGCAUGACCGAUUGGGGUUCCCACGGGGCCGGUUCCGUCCACGAAACCGAAGUGCCGGUCAUAGCAUGGGGCGCCGGAGUCAAAAGGAACCCCCGAAGGCAGGACGUGAGGCAAAUCGACUUGGCACCGUUGAUGGCGUCCCUGAUCGGCCUCAACAUUCCGAGCAACUCGCUGGGUCUCGUACCCGCCGGCUACUUGGACGUCCCCCCCAAAGAGUUGGCCCAAUUCCACAUAUCCAAUGCCCUACAGCUCUUGGAGACGUUCAACGUGAAAAGACUGAGGACGGAGACGAACGCGUUGGUAUUCGUACCCUACGCGGGUCUUACCACCUCCGUAUUGUCCGACAAGGUGGCGAGACUGCGCAGGUUGCAGCGGGACGGGCAGUAUUCCACCGUGGUGGAAGAAGGGAGGGUUUUGAUGGGUACCCUCGUGGAGGGAGUGGAGUAUUAUCACAACUACUACCAGUACCCGCUGCUAGUUUCUGUCUCCGUCGGACUGGUCGAAUGGAUCUUGUACUUGGUGACUGCGGGGGUGGGUGACGCGUCGUCGUCGACCACCUCACCUCUGAGCCGCACCGAAAAACUCGGCAUCGCCGUCGCGAACGCGUUCCCCAUCGUCCUCUGUAAACUUCAAAAGUUCCCCCUCUCCUACUACGUCCAUUUUUCGUUCCCCUUCGCGAUGUUCGCCACGUUGUACCCUAACCUCCACCGACUAACUGCCGCUUUCGCGUACUUAAAAGAAGACAGAUGCAGGAAGCUGCCGAUUUACGUCGUCGGCAUCGAACUCCUCGUGUUCGGAUUCUUCAAUCGGUCUUCUUUUUCCGUCCUCGGCCUUCUCGUGGGGCUGUGGGUGUUCGCGUCCGAUUCCCUUCGCGCUUACACCACCAACGCCGAUAAACUGCUGUGGGCGUGCCUCUGCGCCGUCAUGUCCAUUUUCCCGCUGCUGCCCGUGAUGAAGACCACCUUCAACGUCCCACUGUACAUCCUGGGCGGCGUCGCUUGGGUCGCUUUGUUCUACGCGAUGGCACCCUCGCGCUCUCUAGACCGGAAUGUCACCCGGUGUCAGCUCGGGUGUCUGAUCGCCGCGAUGCUCUACGGUCUGGCGUUGGAGAAAGGUUUUAUCGCCCACAACUCUCGUCUCAAGUACGCGUCUUGGUUCAUCGCGACGGCGCCCGCGGCCUCCAUACCAUUCGUCGGGAAAUUCGUCGCCGUCAGGUUGGCAGCGAUGUUUUUCGGCUUCGCGCCGUUUUACUUGCUCGUCUCGUCCAACUACGAGGUCGUAUUUUCUGCCGUAUACGUCGCGUGUCUCUGCACUUGGUUGCUGAUGGAAGACAAAGCCCUCAAAGGACGUUCCUCGUGGCAAUUACUCCACUACGCCGAGUUUGACGGGUACCGUAGCGAACCUAAGCUGAAUGCGGACAUCUACAGGCGAGCUUUCUUGUUCAUGGUGUUUAUAUUUAUCGGUUUUUUCGGCACCGGAAACGUAGCCAGCUUGAACUCGUUCGAUCCCAUGUGGGUACGGGCAUUCCUAACCGUCUUUAGUCCCUUUAAGAUGGCCGGGUUGAUUCUGUUGAAGAUCGCCGUACCAUUUCUGUUCACGUGUUGCGUAUUUCGAGCCAUCAAUUCCAUAGGGCGGGAAGACGUCACGCAGAUGUUUUGCAUAGUGUUGCUCUUCUCGGAUUCGAUGGUGUUGCAGUUUUUGUAUCUCAUCACGAACAAGGGCUCGUGGUUGGAUAUCGGUUCUAGCCUGUCCCAUUUCGUGAUCAUGGAAGCGUUCGUUACGAUUUUGUUGGUACUUUAUAGUUGCGCUCACGCGUUGACUACUGCCAGUUAUUUCGCCGUGCGUCGUAACUGAAUAGUAUUA